AUGACCAACCCGUACCUGUGGAUCGCCGUUGUUGGCGGCAUUCUCGCCUUCCUUACCGGAUGCGGCGUGGGAAUGAACGACCUGGCCAACGCCUUUGGCACGACGUAUGGCUCCCGCGUGCUGACGCUGAAGCAGAUUGUUCUUGUUGCUUCAAUCUGUGAGUUUGCUGGCGCCGUGUCCCUUGGUGGCGAGGUGACCUCCACGAUCGCCGGCGGCAUCGCCGACUCGUCGCACUUUGCAAGCGAACCCUACGUUUUGAUGUACGGCAUGCUGUGCGCGCUUGGUGCUGCCUUCGCGUGGUUGCUGCUUGCGACUGCCCUGACCCUUCCCGUCUCGUCGACGCACAGCAUUGCGGGAGGCAUCAUUGGCUUUUCGCUUGUGUACGGUGGCGCCAACAGUGUCUCGUGGGCGAAGAAGAAGAGCGAAUUUCCCUUCGUGACGGGCGUGGUGCCGAUCAUUACGUCGUGGUUCAUCUCGCCGCUGCUUACGGGUCUUGCCGCUGCGGCUGUGUACGGCCUUAUCCGCACGCUGGUGCUCCGUCCGGCGAACUCGGUUCAGCGGGCACUGUACUCUGUUCCGGUCAUCUUCGGUGUGGCGUUCUUCCUGGAGUCCUUCUUUGUGCUGUUCAAGGGCGCCAAGUCGCGUCUUCACUGGCCAGUGGAGAAGGCCCUGUGGGUUGCCGCCAUCAUUGGCGUUGGCGCCGGCAUUGCCUCGAUCGCCCUUAUUCCCCUGCUGAAGCGCCGUGUGAGAUUGAUGGUGGAGAAGGCAGAGCGCCAGGCGGAGGAAUUGGGCUGCGGUGCUGCUGAGCUGGGGCAAGGGGCUGAGGCUGAUCCCUCUGCGGAAAAGGUUGAGUGUGCUCCUGCUGCUGACGGCACCGCGUGUGGAAAUAUAACUUCGUCGAGCACGGCGCAGUCUGAGGAAAAGGUGGACAAGAAGUUCAUUGAGCCCAUCACAGGGGCGUUUGUGGGCGAUGCGGAGAAGAGCUCGGAGAGCGAGCACCGAGGGACGGCUGCUUUACCGACAGUUACUGCGCAGCUGUUCGACAAACGCGUGGAGUACGUGUUCCGUUACCUGCAGGUUUUCACGGCCAUAUGUGCAUCCUUUGCGCAUGGUGCGAGCGAUGUGAGCAAUGCGGUGGGGCCGUUCGCUGCCAUCUACUCCAUCUACCAGACGCGGGUGGUGGAGUCGAAGAACGGGACGCCAAUCUGGAUUUUGUGCAUCGGUGGCGGCGGUCUCGUGCUUGGUCUUGCGACGCUUGGUGUGAGGAUCAUGAGGCUACUCGGCGAGCGCAUCACGAAGAUCACCCCGAGCCGAGGCUUCUCUGCAGAGCUCUCUACUGCGAUGGUUGUUUCGUUUGCCUCUGGCUACGGCGUGCCGAUCUCCUCGACGCACUGCAUCACUGGUGCCGUGAUUGCAAUCAGCAUUGUUGACGUUGGCUUCUGGAAUGUGCGCUGGAUCAUUGUUGCGAAGCUCUACGCCGGCUGGAUGCUGACUCUUGUCGUCUGUGGCUUGAUCUCUGCACUGUUUUUUGCACAGGGAAUCUACGCACCAAGUCGGACCAUUUAA